AUGGUGACAACCGGACCAAUCCUCAGUCACCAUUUUGGCAAUGGUGACAACCGGACCAAUCCUCAUUUUGAGGUUGAUCCAGCCUUCAGGGUUGUUCCAGCUGCAGAGGUCGAUGUGGCAAUCAACCAGCACACUGAACCAGCAGAUGACCCACCUCAAGAGGAAGGCAAUGAGGGUGAGGACAGCAACCAGCAUGCUGAGCAGGAGGAUGACCCGCUGCCUGGCGGAUCCAGGCGGCGGGCUCGAGAAGAAGAUGAUGAGGAUGAGGAGAGAGAGAGUAAAAGAUUCAGGUGGUGGGAUGAAUUCGCAGACAGCGACAGUGACUGUGACAGCGACUGCGACAGCAUCUGUGAGGACAGUGUAGAUGAUGAUGUAAUGUUUGAGGAUGAAGAAGAGGACCCAAUUCCAUCAACAUCCAGGAAAAGGGGAAGAGUUGAGGAAGAUGAGGAUGACAGAAGACCUAAAAAAUCCAGACAGUAACAUCAUCAGUCCUGACAGAUGCUGUAACAUCCCCUCCACCCCAGCAUCAUCACAUCACUGACACCCAGCAACAUCAAGCUGCGUUCACACCAAACGCGAAUUCGCAAAUUCGUGCGUCAAGAUUACAUACAACGUCAAUGCAAAGACGCGAUGGACGUGUCUAGCGCAACGCGAU